CUCUCUCCUCUCUUUUGUGCUCCAAAACCAAACAUAACACUCACAAACUCAAUAACUCUUUCUCUCUCUCUCCCUCUUCUUCUCUUUCUUUUUAAAUCCCAAAACUACCCUCGAGAUCGAUGGAGACAAAGCUGAUCAUAACCCUCAAUUCUUCGUUCUAAUCCCAAUCUUUUGUCUCCUCAUCAUCCUAAGAAAAAAAAAAAAAAACAACCGUUAGUAGAAUCAUGAGACCGAUCUUGGACCUCGAAAUUGAACCUUCAUCGGAGCAGGAUCACUCAGACAGUACUAGCAGCCAAGUAGCCUCCAACUUGUCUCCAGUGGAUGAUUAUAAACCCAUCUCUCUAAAUCUAAGCCUAUGUUUCAACAACAACAACAACAAUUUGGAUCUUGAAUCAUCUUCUCUGACGCUGCCAAUGUCAAGCACGAGCGAGAGUAGCAAUCCGGAGCAACAACAACAACAACAACCGUCUGUAACAAAGAGAGUCUUCUCUUGCAACUACUGUCAAAGAAAGUUUUACAGCUCUCAGGCUCUUGGUGGUCACCAAAACGCUCACAAACGAGAAAGAACGCUCGCCAAACGUGCUAUGCGUAUGGGCCUCGCUGGUGUCUUCCCCAACAGAGGUUCCAGUAACACUUACGCGGCUGCUGCCACAGCAGCAGCUCUCUCAUGUCUACCGCUCCACGGAAGUGGAAACGCUAACAUGACAUCGUUCAGGACUUUGGGAAUACGGGCACAUGCCUCGUCCCACGACCUCAGCAUUACAAGGCCGACACAAGAAACGAUCAUUAGAAACAUUGCCAGAUUUAACCAGGGGUAUUUCAGUAAUUGUGUACCUUUCUACGUGGAGGAUGACGAGGCCGAGCUGCUCUGGCCAGGGAGUUUCAGGCAUACAGCGGAUGCAGUUGCGGCUGAAGCGGGCAAUGAUAAUAUAAGUGAAAGUAAAGUGGGUUUCUUGGAGGUCAAACAAGCAGUGGAUAUGGAGAGUUCUCUACCAGAUCUAACCUUGAAGCUUUGAGCUAUCUUUUCUUUGUUUCUUUUUUCUUUUGGAAUAUGGAUUCUUAGUUUGCUUGGACGAGCUUCAUAACUAUCUAUAUCAUGUACAGUGAGAGUUUCACAAACAAUUUCUAAUAUGUUUUCGUUAUAUGGUCACUAUCGAUUGAUCGACCAAGAAAUCAUCAAUUCUAGUGUUUGCUUAUGGUGUAUAAGCGAAAAAGAUAUGUAUUUUAAAGUCAAGUGUAAAAGUGUCACUUAAUAAUAUUAUGCCAUCAA